CUCGCGCGCCGCGGCCGCUAGAGCCGGCGCAGGGGAAGCGCCCGCGGCCCCGGGCGGCAGCAGCGGCCGCCUCCUCCCGCGCCUCCUGGGCCCGCAGCCCGCGGUCCGCGGCCCCGGGGCCGGCACCUCUCGGGCUCCCGCUCCCCGCGCGCAAGAUGGCUGACCCGGCUGCGGGGCCGCCGCCGAACGAGGGCGAAGAGAGCACGGUGCGCUUCGCCCGCAAAGGCGCCCUCCGGCAGAAGAACGUGCACGAGGUGAAGAACCACAAAUUCACCGCCCGCUUCUUCAAGCAGCCCACCUUCUGCAGCCACUGCACCGACUUCAUCUGGGGCUUCGGAAAGCAAGGAUUCCAGUGCCAAGUGUGCUGUUUCGUCGUGCACAAGCGGUGCCAUGAAUUUGUCACUUUCUCCUGCCCAGGCGCUGACAAGGGCCCCGCCUCUGAUGACCCCCGGAGCAAACACAAGUUCAAGAUCCACACCUACUCCAGCCCCACGUUUUGUGACCACUGUGGGUCACUGCUGUAUGGACUCAUCCACCAGGGGAUGAAAUGCGACACCUGCAUGAUGAACGUCCACAAGCGCUGCGUGAUGAAUGUCCCCAGCCUCUGCGGCACGGACCACACGGAGCGCCGCGGCCGCAUCUACAUCCAGGCGCACAUCGAGAGGGAAGUUCUCAUCGUCGUCGUAAGAGAUGCGAAAAACCUUGUACCUAUGGAUCCCAAUGGCUUGUCAGAUCCCUAUGUGAAACUGAAAUUGAUUCCUGACCCCAAAAGUGAGAGCAAGCAGAAAACCAAAACCAUCAAGUGCUCCCUCAAUCCCGAGUGGAACGAGACAUUUCGAUUCCAACUAAAGGAAUCUGACAAAGACAGAAGACUGUCUGUAGAGAUUUGGGACUGGGAUCUCACCAGCAGGAAUGACUUCAUGGGAUCUUUGUCAUUUGGGAUUUCUGAACUGCAGAAAGCUGGUGUGGAUGGCUGGUUUAAGUUGCUGAGUCAGGAGGAAGGCGAGUACUUCAACGUGCCAGUACCACCUGAAGGAAGUGAGGGCAAUGAGGAGCUGCGGCAGAAAUUUGAGCGGGCCAAGAUUGCUCAGGGGACCAAGGCUCCCGAAGAGAAGACCACCAACACCAUAUCCAAAUUUGACAACAAUGGAAACAGGGACCGGAUGAAACUGACCGAUUUCAACUUCCUGAUGGUGCUGGGAAAAGGCAGCUUUGGCAAGGUCAUGCUCUCAGAGCGAAAGGGCACAGAUGAGCUCUAUGCAGUGAAGAUCCUGAAGAAGGAUGUGGUAAUCCAGGAUGAUGACGUGGAGUGCACCAUGGUGGAGAAGCGCGUGCUGGCCCUGCCCGGGAAGCCACCGUUCCUCACCCAGCUGCACUCCUGCUUCCAGACCAUGGACCGCCUGUACUUUGUGAUGGAGUAUGUGAAUGGGGGUGACCUCAUGUACCACAUCCAGCAAGUUGGCCGGUUUAAGGAGCCUCACGCUGUAUUUUAUGCUGCAGAAAUUGCCAUCGGUCUGUUCUUCUUACAGAGCAAGGGCAUCAUUUACCGUGACCUAAAGCUUGACAACGUGAUGCUGGAUUCUGAAGGCCACAUCAAGAUCGCUGAUUUCGGCAUGUGUAAAGAAAACAUCUGGGAUGGGGUGACAACCAAGACCUUCUGCGGCACCCCAGACUACAUUGCCCCAGAGAUCAUUGCUUAUCAGCCCUAUGGGAAGUCGGUGGAUUGGUGGGCAUUUGGAGUCCUGCUCUAUGAAAUGUUGGCUGGGCAGGCCCCCUUUGAAGGGGAGGAUGAAGACGAACUCUUCCAGUCCAUCAUGGAGCACAAUGUGGCUUAUCCAAAGUCCAUGUCCAAGGAAGCCGUGGCCAUCUGCAAAGGGCUCAUGACCAAACAUCCGGGCAAACGCCUGGGCUGUGGACCUGAAGGCGAACGUGACAUCAAAGAGCAUGCAUUUUUCCGGUAUAUUGAUUGGGAGAAACUUGAACGCAAGGAGAUUCAGCCUCCAUAUAAGCCGAAAGCUUGUGGGCGAAAUGCUGAAAACUUCGACCGAUUUUUCACCCGCCAUCCACCAGUCCUAACACCUCCUGACCAGGAAGUCAUCAGGAAUAUUGACCAAUCAGAAUUCGAAGGAUUUUCCUUUGUUAACUCUGAAUUUUUAAAACCUGAAGUCAAGAGCUAAGUAGAUGUAUAGAUCUCCGUCCUUCAUUUCUGUCAUUCAAGCUCAACGGCUGUUGUGGUGACUUUUUGUUUUCAUUGCAAAGUUGCAUCCAUGUUUCCUUUGCUGAUGAGACUAGAGUGACCAUGUUUCAGAACCCAAAUGUCCUCAGGUAGUUUGGUGCAUCUCUAUGAGAUGAGACGACGCACAUGGCUUGUCAACAACGCGGCUGCAUCAUGAGCACAUUCUCAGAGUCUUCAAAAAAUUUCAUUGCCCCAGCAUGUCAGCUCCAUAGAUCAGCCGGGACAGAAAAUGCCUGCUUCUUUCCCUUUUUUCCCCCUGCACUGCCAUUUUUACACAUUUUUCUCACUCCCACGAGCCACUGUAGAUUCUUCCUACCAGAUGAGUAGAUAGCCAGCUGCUAGCAGCGUUUCUCCACUUCCUGACCCAGUGCCUGGCUUGUGCCCAAGGAUGUGCUUGCUUUGACUUGCAGGGAAUUCCCCUAUGGUGCCCAGUUUGGAGGCACCGUGAGACUUGAAAAGAACAUACUAAAAAUAAGAUUUUAUUCAAAAUUCUUUUAAAAAACUCAAAACGAAGGAGAUUAUCUAAGCCCUUUAUAAAUUCCAAGAGUGAGCUUUUAACCAGUUCAAACUGAAAGCUCUUCACAAGGCCAAAAGGCAACCAGCUUGGGUGGGCUCAGUGCUGCCUGGCCACCUCCAUCCUCAAACUAUGUGCAGAUGGCAUUUGGCCCCUCUGAAAACACAUGGUCACUCUAGGGAGGUCCGAAAGGACCGUGGUUUUACAUUAACAUUUCAAACUUUAAUUUGCUUUGGGGUUUUAUUUCUGUUGUUCAAAUGCAAAAAAAAAAAAAAAAAAAGAGAGAGAGAGAGAGAAAGAGAAAACCAUGUUGUUACACAUGCUUUGAAAAUGUGUCCCUAUGUUGUUAACCACAGUGACCUUGAUUUACCAAGAAGAGAUGGCGCCUACCGCCCCAUGCCCGUCGGUCGGGCCAGGGUGAGGUAUGUGGCUAGCUUUGGAAAGCUAUUUGAGUGCUCGGAGAAAGACACCAUUUCUUAGAACAUACACGGUUGUAUUCUUCACUGUGAUGUUGUUUUGCAAGAUGUUUGUGGAAAUGUUCAUUUGUAUGGAUAUAUGUUAUGUGCCAUUUUUCUUCUAGCACCAAGAGACAAUAAAAAAAAAAAAAGAAAGAAGAAGAAAUGCUAUUUCAAGGAAAACGGCUCUCUUUGAAAAAUGUGGACCCAAACUACAAAGUGGGGCCUCUGGAGGCUUCAGGACAAAAGGAACUAAACACAGAGCUUAAUGUUGGCCCCGGGGCUCAGCAGCCAACAAGGCUGGGUGGGACCUGAACCCCUCGGUCCCCCUGGUGGUCUGUCCUGGGGUGGGAUGAGCUGGGGGGGCUGAGCCAUCUCCGACCUUGAUGCCACAUGCCCUCCGGGGUCAAGGCAAGGGAUCAGCUAGAAACACAGGCAUGGCUCUUUCAUUCCUUUUCAACAUUGCCACUCCUCUCAGCUUGCACUAAACACUGUCCGGGGAGCCGCCUCCUAGAGCCCCAGGAGAGAAGCAAACCCCUAGGUGGGAGGAAUCUCCUUUUGUUCCUCUGAGCAGGCAAGGGCAAGGCCCCCUCCUUCCCGCUCUUCUGGGCAGCCCUGGAGCCUUCUUAUCACAAGUGGAGUGAUUUCAGGAAGCUCCAGGCUUCCAAGAACCAUCAAGGGAACUUUAAGAACGUGACAGUUGUCCUUAAAGUAAGACCGCUCAUCUUUAAGAAAGUCAUGGCUUGGGUUUCUGUCUUGCAGAGGCCCCUGGCCUUCUUUCCUUUCUGCCCUCUGCCUUCUCCCUGCUACCGGCUUUGGGACCAUCGCUGUCGCCAUUGUGACAGCAGCCUAGACCUGAGAGGGUACACACUUGACAUCCAGCGGACAGGCCUAGGAGGCUAGAUAGGCAAGGGGAGCAGGGCGAAGCCCCUCACCUCGUGGUUAGGGAAACUGGCACCUGAUGAGGGGAAGUGACUUGCCCAAGGUCAGCCCAUGGGGUGCCAGCCCUCAGCCCUGGCUCCCCGGCCCGUGGUGGCCAUCUCUGAGCCAGGCCCACCCACAGGCGAGUUACUUGAGGUGCUUCCACUGGCUGUUGGGUUACCAGACCUUUCCUUGGAUGUGCUUUCAGGAAGAUGAAAACCAUGGAGUAACAGUGGGCCUUGAAAGAUGAGUUGAGACAACUUUAGAGAACAAUGUAUGAUAAAUAGAAGAUAGAUAGAUAGAUAGAUAGAUAGAUAGAUAGAUAGAUAGAUAGAUAGAUAGAUGAUACACUGUACAUAUCUACUGCACCCUACAUUUGCCAAAUUGCUGCCAUAAUUUUUCAAAACUUUAAUAGUUUGCAGAAAUAGGUACUUAAGCCAAAGUCUCUGUCCCCCCCCACACACACACCUUGCUGAGGACUGGUCAGGGAAGCCUUGUGUGGAGUGAGGGAUCAUGAGUAAGAGUUUCUGCAGUUUCCCUUUCCAUCGUCAGUUCAAGUACAAGGAGACUGAGAAACAGCUUUUGAUGUACAUAACCUCUGGGAAGAAGGACCUUUUGGUUAUUUUUUAAAUCAUCUAUGUAGUUCACCCUCCAUUCAUCCAACCAGCAUUGGGCUGUACUGAGCACCUAUUGUAUGCCAGGCUCUAUGCCUGGUGCAAGAGCCACUGCACCAGCCUAGAUUUGCAGCCCAGUCAUGAAACAGCCAUGAAACAAGACGUAACAGCACGGUGUGAGCCAGAAAUAAUUAGCAUUGGAAUUCAUUUGGGAAAGUUUCUUUGGCGUUCUUUUACUCUCUGUAGACUGAAGGAAGCUGAAGGAGAAGGAGCAGUUGAGCCCUCCUGACCUGGAUUUCCGAGACAGUUGUAUACAGGUUGAUGGUUGGGGAGGGAGAGCAGCAGGUUGGAUGGCAGCUGGUUCCGUCUCCUUCUCGAAGGCCAAGGCAGUUCCGUGCUGGAGCAGACCACAGUCACCAAGACAUGUAGAGAGACAGAGACCUACUCAGCGAAGGGCAGCCAGUUGUGCAGCUUGGUUCUGAGUCCUAACUCUUGCCUCUUGGAAUUCUCUAUCUCUUGGAGUUCUACAAGCAUGACCCUUCCUGAUCCCCAAGGAGACACUGCUCUCCUAGCACACCGCUCCCCUCCCUCUCCAGUCCCACGUAACACAGUCUGGCUUUUCUCCGCUGUUGGGAAAAGUUGAACUCUCCAAAUAAACUUAAAUUAGAGGAGAAGUUUUAAAAGAGAAACUGAAAAAGAAAAUGCAAAGCAACUUAAACACGGUCCCUGUUACCAUGGUCUACCGGGAAGCCUACCUUUCUUGCUGAGCCCUCUCAUUGACUUGCCCCUCUCCUGUGAAAACAUAAAGGCUGUGAUCCUGAUGACCUUGGGGCAUCAAUAGGAGGCCGAUGGAAUGGACACCCUCCCCUUUGGAUGAGUGCUGCUAGUCUCCCAUGACUUCAGAUGCUAUUAACCCAAGAAAAAGCAGCUGUCCCAACAGAGCCCAAUCUCUCCCACUUAUAAGAGAACGUUCAGGGCUGUCUGCUGUGGGUCCUGCGGCAGGACCAAGUUCGCAAUGACAAGCCCUGUUUGGGCUGUGGGACGAUUUCAAGCACGACUUGUCCCUCACCAGCACAAAAAUGGGGAAGGACGUCCAAAGUUGGAGCUGGUGGGAAAGGGGUCUUGGCUAGAUAAAUCAGAGGCAGAGUGAGCUACAGGAGGUCGAUGAUGCUACAAGGAAGCAGCACUUCACCCUCUCAGCCCCAGAAUCCACGUACAGCCUUGGACCCUCAGACCUAACAGUUCCCUCCAUAUUGAGAAUCAAAAUGGGCAGGGGCAGCUAGCUGUUCUUGUGAGAGGCCCUUAGGAUCGGUGCCCAUUAGUCCCAUUGUUCUGCUAUAGAGUGAGGUCUCUCUGAGGCCUCUGGCUUGGGGACAGCUUAAGUUGGAAAAGUGAAGCAGCUAUCUUUCGUCAGGUAUUCACUUAGUGAUUCAUUCAUUCGCAAGUAAUUGUGGACUCCCUGCUGAAUGCUCACCGCUGUUCCUAGCACUGAAAAUACAGUCGUGAAGAAAUAGCCAAAGACCCUGUUCUCCUGGAGAGAGCCAGCGAUAAACUGAUAGCAGCAAGCACAAAGAAGACAAUAACAAGGAUGCUGAAGGAUGGCUUGUGGAGCCAGGAGAGGGCUGCAAGGCCAUGUUAGUGGGGUGGGGAGGCAUUUGUGCUGCUCUGGACACCGAAGCCACACCUUCAUUGCCUGGGAUGGCACGUGACAGACUGACAAGGAGCAGGAUGAGGCAAAGCAGAAAGGGUGGGAUGUGGCCGCUGGCCCACCAUCCAGAAAGCAGCUCCUGCAGUGUCUGCCGCCCUCCUAUCUGGCCACCCUGAAGUGUGUCCCUGAGGGCCCUACGCUCCUGCACUCCCUACGCACCUCAUGAGUAAAUGGGAACUCCGUGGGGACAUUGUGCACUUGUCAGGGGAGCAGCCAAAUGGAAUUCUUUGUUUUGUUUUUUAACAACUGGGCAUGAACUCAGCACCGAGAAAUCCUUUUCAGUGUCCCGUAUCAGUCAGUGUCCAUUGGAGCUGGCCUAAAGAACUGAUGGUUUGGCAUGACUCGAGCGAGUCGCCAGCCCUCACUGGCCCUCCGCUCUUUAUGAUCUGACAUGGCCUGGGCUUCUGCCAGGCAUCCUGCCUGUGACCAAUGAGACCCACGUGUUCUCCUUGGUUGUCCUGGCAUAAACCAGCCUUGAGACUGCCCCUUUAGUCAGAGGGGCUGAGAUGAGGCACUAGAUCAGAUAAUAAGCCCAAUCCACCCUGCAACCUUGGGCAAGUCACAUUACCUUCCUGUACCUCAGUUUCCUCAUUUUCCAAACUGUGGGGUGGAGGGGGGGUAAAGACACUAAUCCUGCUAGCACCCCAGGUGGCUGAUGGGGCUGGGAAGAGGUAAUAGGCUGAUGAGAUCCCUGAAGAAGUGAACAUAAGUAUGUGUGAGCCUUUCAUUCACCCCACUGUGACAUUCCCUGGUAAAAGUUGCCCUGGACUAUAGUUAGUAAACUGGGGUUCAUGCUCCUCCCCCAGAAAAGGAAAUGCCAACCUAACUCUCCUAGCUAACUAAUACCAUUUUGGUCUUGUUUGCUCUAAAGCUGCCCUUGCAGACCUUCCUUUAGGCUUUAGGUUUUAGGGUUCAUUUCUUUUUGGUCUGUUGACUAGACACAUGCUGUAAGCAUCUUGGAGAGAAACUUUGGCAGAUGCUGACCCCAGUGCCAAGCUGUUGGUGGCUUUCUGAGCACCCCUUCGCAGCCUGGGCUGUACCUGGAACAUAUGGGGUGGAUAGUGGUCAGUCACCUCCUUUGUUUAAGCAGUGAGCUGAUUUCUCCACCCCCACACCCUGCCCCCCCUGUAACUGAGUGGCUUUGCUGCUGUCCUCCUUUUUAAAGUGAACGGCCUCCUAGCCACUAGGAGUCACUACUGGGAGGGGGUUUCUCUGGGGCACUCUACCCAGUGACUAAUUCUAUGACACUGUGCAUAGAAGGUAAGAAGUCCUUCCCUACUCAAUGCAUCUCAGAGCCAAAGAAAACACACGCACAUCAUGCCAUGACAAUCCUCAAAGACAUUCGAUGUCUCAUUUCCUUUCUGAGAACAUUUCCACCAGCUUUUCUUUCCUGAUGGUGACACAACAAUGUGAAAUGAGAGUUAGGUGAGAGAUUGUGCAAUGCUGCUGCUAAAACAACUCAGCACAGGGCUUUUUUCGACCCGACCAAGGGACAUCCUCCUCUUCCCACUAACUGGCAUGUCUCGGUCGUGUUUCCUCGUUAUGCUGUGUUAAUGUGUUUGCUUUCCAUUUGGCAGAGAGACAAGCGCGAUACCUCCAACUUCGACAAAGAGUUCACCAGACAGCCUGUGGAACUCACACCUACUGAUAAACUCUUCAUCAUGAACUUGGACCAAAAUGAAUUUGCUGGCUUCUCCUAUACUAACCCAGAGUUUGUCAUUAAUGUGUAGGUGAAUGCAGACUCCAUUGUUGAGCCUGGAGUACAAGACUUCGGGCGAGUAUAUGUAUCAGUUUUAGUCUUCCGGGAUUCAUGGUGCAUAUGCUGGCGUUCCACAUGUGGGGAGCUUGUCCUUGAGGGCUUUCCUUUGUAUGUGUAGCUUGCUAGUUUGUUUUCUACAUUUGAAAAUGUUUAGUUUAGAGUAAGCGCUUUAUCCAACUAUAGAGGUACAAUUUUCCAAACUUCCAGAAACUCAUCAAAUGAACAGACGAUGUCAAAACUACUGUGUCUGAUACCAAAAUGCUUCAGUAUUUGUAAUUUUUAAAGUCAGAAGCUGAUGUUCCUGGUAAAAGUUUUUACAGUUAUUCUACAAUAUCUUCUUUGAAUGCUAAGCAUGACUGAUAUUUUUAAAAAUUGUGAGUAAGCUUUGCAGUUACUGUGAACUAUUGUCUCUUGGAGGAAAUUUUUUGUUUAAGAAUUGAUAUGAUUAAACUGAGUUAAUAUAUGCAAAC